CCCCCUACCUUACCUUUACCUUACCUCUACCCUACCUUACCUCACCCUACCCUACCCUACCCUACCCUACCCUACCCUACCCUACCUUACUGUGUCGUACCUUUUCCAGCUCGACAUCGACAUACCUACACACGGACUGUACCUCAUUCGUCUCACCUCACCUCAGCUACCCGAUCUCUUCAUUCAUCCAUCCCAACCAUCACCACACACACACGCCCACACACACCCGACCACAACAAUGAGCACGAGAACCAAGCGAAGUGCCGGCCAGGCCGACCUCGUCGAGCUCCCCGAGGACAGCGACGCCAGCGAGGAAGAGGAGUACGAGAGUGAGGGUUCUUUUCAGGGAGAUGAGGAUGAGGAGGAGGAGGAAGAAGAAGAGGAAGAAGAGGAGGAGCCGGAGGAGGAGACUGCAGCUCCAGAACCCAAAGCCAAGCGUCAGAAGACCAAGGCAACUGCCCCCGAGAAGGACGAAGAGGGAAAAGAAGCAGAAGAAGAGGUUGCUGAGGCCGGCGAAGAUGCUGUCGAUGACAAUGAUGAAGAGGCAGAGGCAGAGGCAGAUGCCGAUGAGGACGAACCCGCCGAGGCUACAGCCAAGACAGGUGGCCCAGCAGAAGCUGCGAAGAAGAACAAGAAGGACGUUGUACCCAAGGAGGAUGAUCUGGCCGAAGUCGAAGACGCCGAAAACGACGACAAGGAGAACUGAAUGAAGUCGUUUGUGUCGUGUGACUCGAAAAACAGAGGUCCGACGAGGUUUUUUUCCUGCUUGCAAAAGACAGGAAUAGAUGAUUCCAAUGAUAUGUACAACAACAACAACAACAAUAACAACGGUCCAUCUGGUGGUGGGCAAUAAUCCGCAAUGAGACAUGCUUUUCAAUUUUGUGCGGAAUCAUA